GAGGGGCGUGGCUGCAGCCAGCCGCGAGCCCGGGUUCGUUCUCCCGGGCGGACUCAGCGGCGGAAGUGAAGCCGUUGCAAGAUCUUCUUCCGCUCUGAGGCGCCGCCGGUGCCGCCGUCCAGGACUGCGCUGGGGCAGGAAGAACCGGGGCCGUGGCUGACAUGGAGCAGCCUUGCCGCUGAGGCCUUACCCUCCCCACCCUGAGGUGGGGCCCACCAGGAUGAACAAACUGCCUGGGGAGCUGGCCCGUGACUUGGAGCGCAGCCUGCCCGCCUUCGCCUCCCUGGGCUCCUCGCUGUCCCACAGCCAGAACCUCUCGUCGCGCUUCCUCCCGCAGCCUCCGGAGAAACGCCAGGCCAUCUCUGAUGUCCGCCGCACCUUCUGUCUCUUUGUCACCUUCGACCUGCUCUUCAUCUCCCUGCUCUGGAUCAUUGAGCUGAAUACCAAUACGAGCAUCCGGAAGAACCUGGAGCAGGAGGUCAUCCACUACAACUUUAAAACUUCCUUCUUUGACAUCUUUGUCCUGGCCUUCUUCCGGUUCUCUGUACUGCUCCUGGGCUAUGCUGUGCUGCGACUCCGGCACUGGUGGGUGAUAGCGGUCACUACAUUGGUGUCCAGCACAUUCCUUAUUGUCAAGGUCAUCAUCUCAGAGCUGCUCAGCAAAGGGGCAUUUGGCUACCUGCUCCCCAUUGUGUCCUUUGUCCUUGCCUGGCUGGAGACCUGGUUCCUUGACUUCAAAGUGCUACCUCAGGAAGCUGAGGAGGAGCGAUGGCAUCUCGCCGCCCAGGCUGCUGCUACCCGUGGACCCCUACUAUUCUCUGGCAUUCUAUCCGAGGGCCAGUUCUAUUCACCCCCAGAAUCCUUUGCAGGGUCUGACAAUGAAUCAGAUGAAGAAGUUAUUGGGAAGAAAAUUUUCUCUGCCCAGGAACGGGAGUACAUCCGCCAGGGGAAGGAGGCCACAGCAGUGGUGGACCAGAUCUUGGCCCAGGAGGAUAAUUGGAAGUUCGAGAAGAAUAAUGAAUAUGGGGACACUGUGUACACCAUUGAGGUUCCCUUUCAUGGCAAGACAUUCAUCCUCAAGACCUUCCUGCCCUGCCCCGCGGAGCUGGUGUACCAGGAGGUGAUCCUACAGCCUGAAAGGAUGACACUGUGGAACAAGACAGUGACUGCCUGCCAGAUCCUACAGCGAGUAGAAGACAAUACCCUCAUCUCCUAUGACGUGUCUGCAGGGGCCGCAGGUGGCGUGGUCUCCCCAAGGGACUUUGUGAAUGUCCGGCGCAUUGAACGGCGCAGGGACCGAUACCUGUCAUCGGGCAUUGCCACCAUGCACAGUGCCAAGCCCGCCACGCACAAAUAUGUCAGGGGAGAGAAUGGCCCUGGGGGCUUCAUUGUGCUCAAGUCGGCCAGUAACCCCCGAGUCUGCACCUUCAUCUGGAUUCUCAACACAGAUCUCAAGGGCCGCCUGCCCCGGUACCUCAUCCACCAGAGCCUUGCAGCCACCAUGUUUGAAUUUGCCUUUCACCUGCGGCAGCGCAUCGGGGAGCUGGGGCCCCGCUCAUGACCAUGCCUCCUUGCCCACCCUGCCGGCCAGGGUCCUGUUGCCACAGCCUCUAGAACCAGACGGGCCCAGCUGGGCUUCCUGCUGCCCACAGAGGACCUGGCCCAAAGCUUCCACCCUCCACCAAGCCACUGUGCUGGAGCCAUGGCCCUGAGCAGGUGGUGGGGUUGAGUGCUCAGACUCUGGGGCUCUGCUGGCUGGAGGACAUAGGGUCUGUCCUGCUCAUGUUUACAUGGGGUAUCCCAACCUUCUGGAGGAGAUUGCAGUCUCCUACCUUGCC